AUGCUGUUACAUCUUCUCUGUUUGGUCAUCCUGGGAUGGAGAGUCAAUACGACUCUAGCUCAAUUCCAGAAUCUGGAACAUAUCUCCAGCGAAGGUAUCACGUAUGAGCUUGGGGAUGUCCUUUACUUUGCAAACUCGGAAUAUCCACAGGCGACAGGCAAGAUUAAAAAGUCCAAAGGGGGUAAGGCAGGCCACAUCGAUAUAUACACGCCAGUUACUGUGAUCGUCACCAACCAGAGUGUGGUCACUGGUGCUUUUCUAGAGGAGACAAUUGACACAUACCUGAACGAAGACGAUGUCUUCACGGAACAAUUCCUCACCUCGAUAUACAUCACUUCUACCUCUUCUGUUCAACUCGCCACCAUGGACAACACAUCACUUGAGUAUUUGAAUCAGAUCGGGGUGGACCAACUCUACCUCGAUUCAAAGGUCUUCCGGAAAACACCUAAUCUUGCACACACUGUACGUAUGAGUGAACAGAUAGCACUGCAGCCCGGACCGUAUACCAUUCUAGUGUUCGGAUCGACUAUUCAGUUUCUGGAUACCUAUCGCGUCUACGUCGACGAAUACCGCAGCUUCAUCACCGGAAGUUACCCUCUCAACGACGGCCUAGACACCUACGCACCGCUCGAAUCAAUGUAUUCUCGGACCUGGGCGCCAAUAGUACCUGUUCCCAGUCGUAUACGGUUCUGGAACGAUCCUCGCCCACUGGCUGGCAAACGAGUGGCCAUCAAAGAUCUCUUUGAUAUCAAGGGACUCCAGACAUCAGCCGGCAGUCAGGCCUGGAUCCGCACGCAUCCAGUCGCCAACUCGACAGCUCCAGCCAUUCAACGACUGAUUGAUCUGGGCGCCGUUCUCGUGGGCAAGUACAAGCUAGCCCAGUUCGCAUCCAGCGCGAGCCCCUGGGACUGGACCGACGCACAUCAUCCUUUCAAUCCCCGAGGCGAUGGGUAUCUCACCUGCGCCGGAUCUUCCUCCGGAGGUGGUUGCUCUAUCGCAGCAUACGCUUGGCUCGACCAUGCUAUCGGCACUGACACAGGCGCAUCCAUGCGUCGCCCAGCAGCCGUAUCCGGUACUUAUGGCAAUCGCCCUAGCCAAGGCAUGAUCUCUCUCGAGGGAGCCGUGCCACUCAGCUGGGCUGCUGACACCAUUGGUGUCUUUGGGCGUGAUCCGAUCUCGUGGUCUCAUUUUGCAAGAUCCUGGUAUAGCAGCACGCCGGAGCUACACCAAAACACAUCCGUCACAGGUCUUCCUCCUCUUUCCCUGACCGAAAACCAUGUCUUUCCAUCGCGCAUCCUCUACCCCGACGAAUAUUUCCCCAUGUCCAAUCCAGCAGCACAAGAUCUCCUGGAUUCCGCUCUUUCCAAAAUGACCACUCUCUUCAACAUGACAAUCACCCACUUCAAUCUCAGCGCCACGAUCACAGACGCCUCCAUCUUCCCCGACACCAACGACAACUGGGAUCGUCUCGCGAACGACAGCAUCGUUAUCAACACCUGGCCGCAGUACCAUGACGUUGCCCAGCCCCUGAUCUCAGCCUGGGCCGACCAGCACGAGGGACGCUUCCCCCCCGUAGAUCCGCCUGUCCGCUCCCUUUGGCCCAACCUCGACUUCAGCGUCACAAAUGCAGAGAACUACGACGCGGCCGUGCAGAGUCGGGCCGUGAGCAUUGAGUGGUUCGAGCGUGAGGUCCUUCUGUUUGAUGAGGCCGCCUGCUCCGAGGCUCUGCUGGUCUGCGACGCCGGGACCGGAGGGCUGCCGAGCUUCCGGGAGUCAAAGCUGAACGAGGGCCCUAACGCGAGCUUUUUGUACUCGUAUCCGGAAGGUGCGAUGAUUCCGUGCGUGGCUAUCUGUGCGUUGUUUGGCUGCGCGGACUUCACAAUCCCAUUGGGUCAAGUUCCGUACUUGUCGCCGGUCACGAAGGUGACGGAGCAGUGGCCAGUGGUCUUCAACUUGAUCGCGAGAAGGGGUUGUGAUUUCAUGCUUUUCGAUCUGGUGGAGAGGAUGGCAGAGGAGGGAAUACUUGCAGAGGUGAACACGGGGAUGACGGCUUAUUAG